AUGGCUGAAGAAUCCAGUGGCCUCCAGAUGUCCCACAGCCUGGAAAAGAAGAAGAGAGAGAUCCUGCUGUCCACCAAGAGUGCUUGGCUUCCCCUGGAUGAGCAGCAGCCCCCAGUCCCCAAGGAGGAAAGUCGGGAUUCUCCUAUCCCAGAAAUAGGGAAUUCUAGACAAGAAAGUGUACAGCAGUGGCUGGACUCUAGUGUCUUUAUCACUGCCCAUGAAAACUUGCAGCAAGCCAUCAACCAAACUGAUUCUUUGUCUGAACAAGGAGGGCUUCCAGCGACAGUGAACGACUACAUGAGAUCCUUACAACAGUUUUCAGAAACUCCACCAUUAUCCAGAGGGAACAGUUUCAACUCCUGCCCAUCUGGACCAAGUAUACCAAAAAGCAUUGCAGAAUGGCUGGAAUACUGGCAAAAAGAUCCAGUGGAGAUUCUCCUGGAUCUGGGGUUUGGGGCUGAGGAGCCCGACAUCUGCACCAAAAUACCAGCCCGCUUCCUUGGGGGCAGCUCUGCAGCAAGAGGAAUCAACAUCCGGGUGUUCUUGGAAGCUCAGAAACAGCGGAUGGAUUUUGAGACUCCUAACUUGUACGGUCGAUUCCGACAACUGGAAGUCCUGGACCAUGUGACUAACGCCUUCUCCUCUCUGCUGAAUAAUGUCAACAACCUGCAGAGGGGGGUGAAGGAGAAGGAGCAGACAGAGAAGCCUAAGGCCGCCCAGGGGAGGGUGACCCAAGACAGAAGGAGAAGGAUUGGCCAACUCUUGAGGAGAGCCUCCAGGCAGACAAUGAGGAGGAAUUACAGCCAGGGACAAGCCGAGUCAUUCCAAGGGACGGAGGAGCCUCUUGCCACCGGUGAGGAACCAGACAAGGGUCCUUCUCUCCAGUCGAUCAGGAUGAACUUUGCCGACCACGGCCGCCUGCAUCCUUUGAGAGAAGAGCAGCCUCCCAGGGCCAGCAGUAAGCCGGUGUCUCCUGAAAUUCUGUCAGCUGUUCCAGGCAAGCCAAGGCCUCCUCUCUUAUCCAUGUCCGUAAACCAGCCACCCCGUCCUUGCACUCCAGAAGGGUCAACCAGAGACAGAGGCACCCAGGAGAAGAGCCUGCCUCUGGCACACAGACUCAGGCACAUGGCGCACCUGGAUGGGAAGCCACCCGACUCUUUUGAAAUGGAAGAGGUCCAGAGCUUUGAGGAGGAACCUGGAAAUCCACUGGAAGGGAUCUCAGGCCCAGUCGGAUAACCCUCAGCUAGCGACAGCAUGGAGUACUUUGGGAUGAUGCCUGGGAUUCUGUGAGAAGAGAUCAUAGAAUCCAAACCUAAUGGUGCCGCGGUGACCAGAGCCAGCAGCUGCCAGUCAGACAGCAGUGGGUUCCUGGAGGAACCUCCGGAGCCCUUUCCUCUCCAGAUUUCUCCCUCGUUGACCAACCAAAGCCUUAGCUGUGGAAGGCAAGAAGCUCAGACUCCCUGCCUAGGAUCACCCCCAGGCCAUUCACAAGAACUAAUGGAACAUGAUUCCCAAUGCAUUCUGAGUUCAUCCAUUCUGAACCAAGGCCAGAGUGACCUGGAAGCAGAGAGAUGUACCUGUAUAGAAGAAGAUAAUUCUCUUUCAGGGGAACAUUUAGCCCAGGAGGGACCCCUUAAGGAGACCUUCUCAGGGAAAGACCUAGAGAGGAAAGACAACCCUAUGUGGAAUUUCUCUCACGCCAAUUAUGAGGUGGAUGGAGCCACCAUCACUUCCAAAUAUGACUAUCCUUUGGGAUUUACUGUGGCCCAUAUAGUAGAAGUCAAAGCAGACUGCUUGGAGGCAGGAGAGCCUAAGCCAGCGUUCAUGGGAAGGUCUCCCAGCAUCAUGGGAAAUGGAUGUGCUAAGGAUGCACCAAUUCAUGUUGACAGCUGUCAGUCUGGUUCUGAGGUCCCAAGCAGGUUAGAAUCCUCAUUAGAAAAAGGGAGGUUGACAGCUGCAAAGCAGGAGUCUCCCUCACCCAAUGAAGUGACUCUCCCACUCGGUGGCCUUGAUGAAAUCUCCAAACCCGCUCUGACAAGUUCAGAGGAUAUAGCUGGAUGUAGGCUUCUGGGUACCCCAGAACGCAGAGCUAUGGCGAAAGUAUCUUCUGGUUCAGACGCAAAGGAGGGGGACUUUAUCCUGGACCCUGAAAUGGGGGCCAGCGGUUUCAGAUCGGUGACAAUUCAGAUGCCAUCCAGGCUGGUGUCUGGCGCCCAUAGUACAACCCCAGGCGAAGGUCCCUCAGAGAAUGGUUUAGAUCUCAUACAUUCAAAACUCUACAAGAACGAGUCUUCCCUCCCAUCAGGACCAGGAAAAGGCCCCAGUGAACGGCCGACCAAAGACGUUUCAGUUCAAACAGAAAAAAAAGACCUUCGAUGUCGAAGUCAGAGUUUGUGUCCUGCCUCAAGCUGUCGCUCGGCCACACACAGGGGGCGGCAUCUCACCCAAUCUCUCUCCCUAGACAGUGGCUCUCUGGCGAAUUAUCCGUCCACCCCAGACUCCAAGCCCACUGUCCGUGGUGCUCCGGAUAAGCAUGGAGAUGGCUGCUGCCGCUGCUGCUGCUGCUGCUGCUGUCACUGGCACCAUCGCCAGCCCUGGGACUGGCAUCCCCCUGAUUUUGCUCCCUGCUCACACCAAUGCCACCUCCAAGCUCAGCUCACAAAGAUGGUGAAGAUCCUCCAGGAGGCUGUGGUGAGGGAACUCUCUGCAAGCACUGCACAGGACAUGGAGAUGUGGAAGACAGUAUGUCAGAGUUUCCGGGAACACUCGGAGGAGAUUGGACGUCACCUCAUGAAUCAACAAGCAUGUGUUUUCAGUGAUAUGUCAGAGGAAGGGAGGGAGGAGAUGAGGCAGCUUUACAACUUACGUCAAGACCUGCACCAACAGGUGACUGAGCUGGAAUUCCAGCUCAGUGACAGAGCUCGGCAGAUUCGCGAAGGGAUGCUACUGUUUGACGAGCUUUUAGAAGAACAAUCCCAGCUCUGUUCAGAACUGGACCUCUCUGACUGGGGAGAAGGAAGGGAGCCGAGCUUCUACAUGGAUUCAGACAAUCACAAGACUGUGACCCCCGGCGCUCCCAGCCCCACUGUAGAAGGUCAAGGAGACACACGUGCCUUCACUUCCCCAUCCUUUACAGACAGCUCAGAGAUGGCUCCUCCUUCCCCAGAAUUAGCCGAGGCUUCAGCACACUCCUGGGAUCAAAAUGGUGCCAGUGAAGAAAAAAGAGGUUCCAGCCAGCCCCGAAUGGACCUGAAAGGCUUUCUGUGCAAAUUGAAGAAAAGUUUCAAGAGUUCCUUUGGCAAUGAAUCAGAUGGACAAAAUUGA